GCGCAGGCGUAGAGGAGGGCGGUCUGAAGCAGCAGAGGCGGUAGCGACGGCGGCUGCAGCGGCUCGGCCAGAGGGGCGGGAGCUGAGGCGGGAGCGGACGGGCUGGUGGACAAGCAAGAGGCGUCGGAAUGGUGGACUACCACGCGGCGAACCAGUCGUACCAGUACGGCCCCAGCAGCGGUGGCAAUGGCGCCGGCGGCGGGGGCAGCAUGGGUGACUACAUGGCCCAGGAGGACGACUGGGACCGGGACCUGCUUUUGGACCCGGCCUGGGAGAAGCAGCAGCGCAAGACCUUCACAGCCUGGUGCAACUCCCACCUGCGCAAGGCGGGCACACAGAUCGAGAACAUCGAUGAAGACUUCCGUGACGGCCUCAAGCUCAUGCUUCUCCUGGAAGUCAUUUCAGGGGAGCGGUUACCUAAACCGGAGCGCGGCAAGAUGAGAGUGCACAAAAUCAACAAUGUGAACAAAGCUCUGGACUUCAUUGCCAGCAAGGGAGUCAAGCUGGUCUCUAUCGGAGCGGAAGAGAUUGUGGAUGGCAAUGCAAAGAUGACGCUGGGAAUGAUCUGGACCAUCAUUCUCCGGUUCGCCAUCCAGGACAUCUCAGUGGAAGAGACCUCUGCCAAGGAAGGCCUUCUCCUCUGGUGCCAGAGAAAGACGGCUCCGUACAAGAAUGUCAACGUGCAGAACUUCCACAUCAGCUGGAAGGAUGGCCUGGCCUUCAAUGCCCUGAUCCACCGGCACAGACCAGAGCUGAUUGAGUAUGACAAGCUGAGAAAGGAUGACCCCGUCACCAACCUGAACAAUGCCUUUGAAGUGGCUGAGAAAUACUUAGACAUCCCCAAGAUGUUGGAUGCAGAGGACAUCGUGAACACGGCCCGGCCCGACGAGAAGGCCAUAAUGACCUAUGUGUCCAGCUUCUACCAUGCCUUUUCGGGAGCGCAGAAGGCCGAGACUGCCGCCAACCGGAUCUGCAAGGUGCUGGCGGUCAAUCAGGAGAAUGAACACCUGAUGGAGGACUAUGAGAGACUGGCCAGUGAUCUCCUGGAGUGGAUCCGACGCACUAUCCCCUGGCUGGAGGACCGCGUGCCCCAAAAGACCAUCCAGGAGAUGCAACAGAAGCUAGAGGACUUCCGCGACUACCGGCGUGUCCACAAGCCGCCCAAGGUUCAGGAGAAGUGCCAGCUGGAGAUCAACUUCAACACGCUGCAGACCAAGCUGCGCCUCAGUAACCGGCCCGCCUUCAUGCCCUCUGAGGGCAGGAUGGUCUCGGAUGUCAACACCGGCUGGCAGCACCUGGAACAGGCCGAGAAGGGCUACGAGGAGUGGUUGCUGAAUGAGAUCCGCAGACUGGAGCGGCUCGACCACCUGGCCGAGAAGUUCCGGCAGAAGGCCUCCAUCCACGAGGCCUGGACUGACGGGAAGGAAGCUAUGCUAAAACACCGUGACUAUGAGACAGCCACCCUGUCCGACAUCAAAGCACUGAUCCGCAAGCACGAGGCCUUCGAGAGUGACCUGGCUGCGCACCAGGACCGUGUGGAGCAGAUUGCGGCUAUCGCCCAGGAGCUAAAUGAACUGGAUUACUACGACUCCCACAAUGUUAACACACGCUGCCAGAAGAUCUGUGACCAAUGGGAUGCCCUGGGCUCUCUGACCCACAGUCGUAGGGAAGCCCUGGAGAAAACAGAGAAGCAGCUGGAGACCAUUGACCAGCUGCACCUGGAGUAUGCCAAGCGGGCCGCCCCCUUCAACAACUGGAUGGAGAGCGCCAUGGAGGACCUGCAAGACAUGUUCAUUGUCCACACUAUCGAGGAGAUCGAGGGCCUGAUCUCAGCCCACGACCAGUUCAAAUCCACCCUGCCAGACGCCGACAAGGAGCGGGAGGCCAUCCUGGCCAUUCACAAGGAGGCCCAGAGGAUCGCCGAGAGCAACCACAUCAAGCUGUUAGGCAGCAACCCCUACACCACCGUCACCCCCCAGAUCAUCAACUCCAAAUGGGAGAAGGUGCAGCAGCUGGUGCCAAAGCGAGACCACGCCCUCCUAGAGGAGCAAACCAAGCAACAAUCCAACGAGCACCUCCGCCGCCAGUUUGCCAGCCAGGCCAACAUCAUGGGCCCCUGGAUCCAGACCAAGAUGGAGGAAAUUGGGCGUAUCUCCAUUGAAAUGAACGGGACCCUGGAGGACCAGCUGAGCCAUCUGAAGCAGUAUGAGCGGAGCAUUGUGGACUAUAAGCCCAACCAGGACCUGCUGGAGCAACAGCACCAGCUCAUCCAGGAGGCGCUCAUCUUCGACAACAAGCACACCAACUACACCAUGGAGCACAUCCGUGUGGGCUGGGAACAGCUGCUCACCACCAUCGCGCGCACCAUCAACGAGGUGGAGAACCAGAUUCUCACCCGAGACGCUAAGGGCAUUAGCCAGGAGCAGAUGCAAGAGUUCCGGGCGUCCUUCAACCACUUUGAUAAGGACCAUGGCGGGGCGCUGGGGCCCGAGGAGUUCAAGGCCUGCCUCAUCAGCCUGGGCUACGACGUGGAAAAUGACCGGCAGGGCGAUGCCGAGUUCAACCGCAUCAUGAGUGUGGUUGACCCCAACCACAGUGGCCUGGUGACCUUCCAAGCCUUCAUUGACUUCAUGUCUCGGGAGACUACAGACACAGACACGGCUGACCAAGUCAUCGCCUCCUUCAAGGUCCUGGCAGGGGACAAGAACUUCAUCACAGCCGAGGAGCUGCGGCGAGAGCUGCCCCCCGACCAGGCCGAGUACUGCAUCGCCCGCAUGGCACCCUACCAGGGGCCUGACGCUGUGCCAGGCGCCCUCGACUACAAGUCCUUCUCCACAGCCCUGUAUGGCGAGAGCGACCUGUGAGGUCCCCACCGGAGAAACCCUGACCAAACCCUUCCUCACGGCCUCCCGGAGGGGCUGGGGGAGCCC